CAGCAGCAGUUUGAACUCUGUGAUCCGGAGGUGUGAUAAUAGAAUGGAAUUUGCACGGCAAGGAUCUGCUUCUCAAGCUUACUUCAUGAGGCAGGCUACCAUCGAAGAGGGUGACUCAGCUCAGUCUGGUGUGCGACACAAAGUGCAGAACUACAGUAGCAUUUUAAACUCUGUGAUCCAAAGGCGUGAUAAUAGAAUGCAUUUUGCACGGCAAGGAUCUGCUUCUCAAGCUUAUUUCAUGAGGCAGGCUACCAUUGAGGAGGGCAGUUCAGCUCCAUCUGGUGUGCCUCACAAAUCCUCUGGUUAUGAGAGAUCUUGUAGCGGUUUUGAAGCACCAUUAUUUUCUAGACCUGUAAGAAAAGAACCAAACUUGGCAAAUAGCCUACCUAUGGUGCAAGGUUGUGUGUUUACCAUGCCUCAGCCUCCUAAGUUUGCUCAACCGAGCACAAGAACAAACGGAAGAAAGCAGUUGCAUUCCAAGAAGAAAAUACUCUCCUCUCAAUCUGAUGGAAUUGAGUGGUCUCCUAGGAUGGAUGUUGCAGAAUCAAGACGCAAUUAUGUUAUGACAGUGGAAAUUCCAGGGGUCAAUAUCAAUGACAUAAGAGUGGAGGUUGAUAACCAAAAGUUAACCGUUUCGGGUAGACGCUUAUCAAAUGACUCAAUCUCUACGUAUCACAAAAGAGAGAUCUUACAGGGGCCAUACCAGGUCGUGUGGCCGCUUCCUGCAGAUGUCAACAAGGACAGUGUUUCAGCGGAGUUUUUGGAUGGAUUUCUACAAAUUACUAUUCCUAAAUUAUAAGAUCAUUGCUGGGCAGCAUAUAUGUGAACAAAUACUUGCUUUCUAAGCAAUGUUCAUCAUCUUGACCAUGUGUUGUAUGAAUGUACCAGUUCAACUCAUCUGGCAUAUAGUUUAUUUAGUUACCAUAUAAGAAGAGCUGGAAAAAAAAAAAAAAAAAAUUUAAAGAAACCCUAAAUAAAGAUUAGAUCAUAAUAUAAUGUAUAAUUAGGUUUUAAUAUUAUUAUGUACUAUGGAUUGUAUUAAUAAGUUUUUAAUGUGUUAAAACGCUCAAAUGUUGGUAUGUUAUCGUUGUCCUAUCUUGUAGCCACUAUGGGAAUGGUGACUUUUUGAUGUGGCAAACAUUUUUUAUUUUUUUA